GCGGAGGAUGGAGUGCGCCCUGGACGCCCAGGCGCUGAUCGGCCUCUCCCUGCGCAAGAUCCACAGCUCGCGCACGCAGCGCGGCGGCAUCAAGCUGCACAAGAACCUGCUCGUCUCCUAUGUGCUCCGCAACGCCCGGCAGCUCUACCUGAGCGAGCGCUACGCCGAGCUCUACCGGCGCCAGCAGCAGCACCACUACCCGGAAGGCGGCGGCAUGCUCGUGGGCAUGCCCCCCGCAGCCUGCGCGCCCGCCGCCGCCGACUUCGGCCCGCUCCCCUUGCAGCCUGCCGCCGAGCAGCAGGAGGGCGGCGGCGUCGGCGGCGGGGCUCAGGCGCGGAGCUGCGCCCUGGCCCGGGCGGGCUUCGGGGGCGAGCUGCUGGACCUGCCCGUGUGCGCCGCGCUCCUGCCCGCCGCGCCCCAGGACGAGGAGCCGCUGGGGCCGCCGCCGCCGCCCCAGCCCGCGCCGCCCGCCGCCCUCUCGGCGCUGUGCAGGGACUCCUCGGGCGCCUUCGACCCGCCGCGGGCCUCCCCGCCGCCCGGCACCGCCGCCGCCGGGCCCCUCUACCCCGGCCCGGCCGGCUGCCCCUUCGCGCCGCCCGCCGCCGCCGCGCCCCACUGCUCCAGCCGCACCACCGUCCUGGACCUGGACACGCACGUGGUGACCACGGUGGAGAACGGCUACCUGCACCAGGACUGCUGCGCGCACUGCCCUUGCCCCUGCCCGGGCGCGCCCAGCCCGGGCUCCAAGCGCAAGUACGAGCCGGGCCACGAGGACGGCGGCGGGGGGGCCCCGGCGGGCGGCGGCCCCGGGGGGGCUGCAGCUGCCGCCGCCGCCGCCGGGGGGGCCGUCCUGGGCGGCGCUCCCUUCGCCCCCUGCCCCAAGCGCGCGCGCUUCGAGGACUUCAGCGCCGAGCCCGGCCCGGACUCGUCCAACAUCUCCAACUUGAUUUCCAUUUUCGGCUCCGGUUUCACGGGGCUGGUGAGCCGGCAGCAGCACCAGCAGCAGCAGCAGCAGGCGGCGGCGGACUCGGAGCAGCCGCUCAACGGGCAGCUCUGUAGCAAACAGGCGCUGGCCAGCUUGGGGGCUUGGACGCGGGCCAUCGUGGCCUUUUAGGGGG